AUGGCAUCCAAACGUAAGGCAGCGGCUAUGGCGCCUGUCGUCGAGGAGCCGGUUGAUCCUGCUGAUGAAUUGAUGUUCUUGAACCUCGGAGGAGGCAAUGAAGUGGGCCGAUCCUGUCACAUCAUCCAGUACAAGGGCAAAACCGUCAUGCUCGAUGCCGGAAUGCACGCAGGAUAUGAAGGCCUGGCAUCUCUCCCCUUCUACGACGAUUUCGACUUAAGCACUGUCGAUGUGCUCUUGAUUAGCCAGUAA